AUGUCUUUGGUUCUAAAGGAAAAAUAUAACAUUCCUGAUACUGCACAAGCAUGGGCUUUCAAAGCAAUUCAAUCUGCUUGGAGAAAGUAUAAGAAUUGGUUGAAGAAAAAACACUAUGUACCCUAUGCCAAUGACCAACUUCGAAUGGAAAACAGGCCCAGAUAUGUUCCACAAUCUCAUUUUAUGGUUCUCCUUGUGUACUGGAACUCUGAAAAAUCUCAGAAAAUGUCCAACACUAACACAGAGAAUCGCGAAAAGUUGAGGUAUCCGCAUACUGUUGGCAAAAAAAGCUUUGCUGUAAUUCGCGAGGAAAAAAAGAAGAAAGGUCCCGAUGCUGUGACGAAUAAAGCCAUCUUUGUGGCUACAAGAAAGAGGAAACCUGGUCGAGUAUACAAGGAAUCAUAUGAAGAUACGAUUAGGAAAAUAGCUGAAAUGGAAAGAAAAGAAACUCAAGAAAGCGAAGAUGGAAGUCAAUCAGUUGAUGCAUUUGCCGCAGUUAUGGGACCUGAUCAUCCGGGCCACGUAAGAUUGUAUGGGCGUGGGGUUACCAAAACUAUCUUGAAAGGGAAAGCGGGAGAUUCGGGACCCUCUUUAAAUAGUAUUGAUGAACUGAUGAAGCAAAAAAUGGAGGAGAUGGAAGCGAGGAUGCAAAAAAUGCAGGAAAAAUUCGAUGCACAAACGGAGGUGAUGGAACAAGGUAUUACAAUGAAUGUCAUCGCACAACUUCAGCGUCUAAACCCAGACUUAGUACUUGAUCCUAGCAUGCUAAGAUUCAAUUUUCGUUCGCGAGGAGAAGCUGCUAGUAGUAACAACCAAGGUGUUGAAAAUGAAGAAAUGAAAGGUGAUGAUCAGAGUGAAGACUUCUGAGUCGCUUCUCUUUUGCUAGAUCUUUUGGGAAUGAUCUUUUGCUAGAU